AAUAGGUUACACCUUGGAUUUGGGUGUAACAUGUUAUAAAAGAUUAAUUUAUCCUUUAAAUAUGUAUUUACAAAAGGAUUUUCUAUAUAUAAAAAAACAAUUCUAACAUUGAUUUCUGUCUGUUUACAGAAGAAGUAGACUACAACACAUUCGGGUCAGCCACUUUGAAUAGAAAGAAGAAAAAUGCUUUGGUGGCAUUACGAAAUGACAGCCUCCGCCACAAGAAACCGCACAUCAAUAUCAGUAUGCCUCAUGAUUUUAGACCAGUGUCCUCCAUCAUCGAUGUGGAUAUCCUUCCAGAAACACACAGACGAGUAAGACUAUACAGACAUGGAUGCGAAAAGCCUCUAGGAUUUUAUAUUCGAGAUGGAACUAGUGUCCGGGUGACCCCUCAUGGUUUGGAGAAAGUGCCAGGUAUCUUCAUCUCCAGAAUGGUUCCAGGAGGCUUGGCAGAGAGUACUGGUCUGCUGGCUGUGAACGAUGAGGUUCUGGAAGUAAAUGGUAUUGAGGUAGCUGGGAAGACUCUUGAUCAGGUCACAGAUAUGAUGAUAGCAAACAGCCACAAUCUAAUCAUUACGGUUAAGCCAGCCAACCAAAGAAACAAUGUUAUCCGAAGCAGUCGCAUGUCUGGCAGCUCUGGUCAGUCUACAGACAGCACGGCCAGUCACCAUAGCUUGCCGUCAGCUCAUCUACUACAGAAUUUUAACCCGGAUGAAAUGGAGAGUGACGAUGAUGCGGAUAUUGUUAUAGAAGGUAGCCUUGAGCCACGCAACAUUCCCAAAUCUCACAGCCUGCCAUCAGGCAGCCUUUCGCGAAUCAAUGGCACCAGCCUUAGCCACAGGUUAGAAAGAGACUUGACUCUAAACCAUUCUGGGCGUGAGAGUAAUGGAAGUAUCCACAAAAUUCUCAACAGCUUGAAGGCUGACCCAAGGAACAGCUUGGUCAUACCCAAAGGAGGCAUUGAGGAAGAUGGCACUGUUAUUACACUUUAA